AUGGCUGAAGGCAAAUCAAGAAACAAGUUCGAUGCUACGAAGCUGACACUAAAACUUCAAGCAUUCCAGAACAAUAAUGGGGUUUUUGACAAGCCUGGCAGAGAGAAGUUCUUCCGGGGAAGGGAAAAUGUUCAAGAUAUGAACAGUGAUUCAGAGGAAGACAUUCUGGUGGAUGACUGGCUGACAUCCAAACAAGAUUUCUUGGACACAUCAGAUGAAGAGCUGAACGAUGACCUUUUGCGUAGCGAUGAUGAGAAUGAAACUAUGAGAUCUGACUAUGAAAGCUCUUCUAAACCAAAACAUGAAGCAAUUGAAUUGCCAUAUGUUGUGUGCGAAACAUCACACCGUGCUGAAGACCAAGCCAGAUGUCCUAAAGAAGAACACACAGAGGUGGACCAUGGUGAAGUUUUAGACAUCGAAAUCAAUGCGCCUUCUGGAGAUGAAUUUCAAGAGGCUGGCGACUGUGGUGUCCAUCAGCAGGCUAGUGUAAAGGUGGAUGUUAAGGAUGAUGUUAAGUUGGUGUCCAGGUUACACGAGGAGUCAAAAAAGAUGAUCAACAGAAUGCUGUUUAAAGUACAGUAUCAAGCUCGUAAGAGAUACAUGAAGCUUCCAGUAUUGGCAUAUGAUGCCCUUAUACGGGAAGUCAAGGAGAAAUUUGGUAUAUCUCCAGAUCAUACCAUUUAUUUGGCAGACGAGACCGGAACUGAAGUGGAUGAAGAUGUUUUUGCUGAUAUUAUGGAACAAAAGCCUGACACACUUUGGACAAUUGUUGAUUCUAUGGCUACAGAAGAUUCUACUGCCCCACCAACCUCUCAAUUUUCAAGUGAAAUGAAAACGGUGUCACCAACAGACAGCUGUGUUUCUGUUCUCUCAACAAAAAGACCUCGAACUGACGACCAAUUUACUGAGGCCAAGGAGCUUGUAAAAGAUGUAUUGGGGAAAAAAAGUGCAGGGGAGAAGAUUUUUCAGGAGUACAGAGCAACUGGGAAAAUCACAGAUUCUACAAGGCGAAUUCUUGUGAAUGCUGUAGUUGGAGACAUGAUUGAAAAACAUGGGAACAUUCCACCAAAAGAAAUACGAAUUAAAUAUGCUGUUGGAAUAGUGACUCUGUUCCCCUCCCUCAAAGAUCCCUACUCCAAAAGAGGCUAUGAACAUUUUUAUGAUCCAGAAGGUAACUCUGGAUACAUAGCCUGGAGACUGAAAACGGUUCAAGCGCAACAGUCAACGCUAGCCCUACAGCAGUUUUUAAUUCCAAGUGCGCUGAAUAUAAACACCCCUCUCAUGACUCUCCGUCUCCGCAUCAGCAUCUCUCCUCCAGGAAAGAAGCCCAGCGGCGUGAGCAGCUUCCCGUUUCAAUGGUUGUGUCUGAGUUCCGAGUGGGUCUCUCUCCUCAGCCCACCAGUCAUCAUCUCAUACCCUCCAGCAGGGGACAGCCUGACCCAGAAGAGCCCAGCAUCAGGCCCUGCCGCAGUCCUGAGCCGGCGUUCCCAGGACAGCAUAUGUUUGAUCAACAGCACUGUGCUUCAGUCUUGGACACUAAUCCGCUUCUCGCUGGACCUGCUCCCAUGGGCUCCAUUCAGCCUGGAGGAAAUGAGAGUGACCCCUGGAGGCCCAGUCCAGCUUUGCAGGAGCCCAGUGAUCUGUCAAAGCCUGGGACUCCCCACCGCGGGCACUGCUCUCUCCAGAAACAUCCAUCAGCUCCGUCCGGCUGCCGGUUUAACGCUCCCUCUGGACAGUCUCAGGUAG